AUGGACUUCAGAGUGGAGGCUGGUGACAAGAUCCUAGCUGGUCAUAUUGCUUCUGCCCCAGCCAAUGCAACGUACACGUCAGGAGAUAUCCAGAACCAACUGAUCGACAUCAUUGGUGACCAGAUUGCCCAGAGGAUUGUUGAUCGGGUCAAGGAUGCUGGAUGGUUCACGGUCAUCGCUGAUGAGGUGACAGAUGUGGCAAACAAGGAGCAACUCAACUUGGUGUCACGGUACGUGGACCUAUCGACAAAGGUGCUCCGUGGACAGAGCUAUGACGGAGCAGGCAACAUGGCAGGAGCCAGGAAAGGUGCCGCUGCCCGUAUCACAGAGAAGUACCCCCGAGCUUUGUACCUGCACUGUGCCUCGCACUGCCUGAACUUGGUGGUCGUCUCGUCUCUGCAAGAUCGUUUGGUGCAGAAUAUAAUGGGCGUCGUCACCCGAGUAGCAGUUUUCUUCGACUCCCAUCCGAAACGCCAGAAAGCGCUCGAGGCCGCUUUGAAUGAUGCGGACGAGGAACCUGAUACAUCCAAGGUAAAGGAUCUCUGCAGGACACGGUGGGUGCAGCGACUUGAUGCACUGGAAUCCUUCCUGGCCCUUCACCCCAUGCUUGUGGUCUGCUUCAAUGCAAUCCUGGAUGAAGGUCCCCAGGCGUGGUCAAGAGAUUCCAUUAUGGAUGCGAAUGGUUUGCUGACGGCUAUCACCAACACCGACUUUAUCGCAGCCUUAGUUAUUGUCAACAAGUGCCUUCAUUACGUGCGUGGCAUCACCUCCAGUCUCCAAGCAGAAGCCAAGGACUUGAUUGCAGCAAUGCACAAUGUGAGUUCCGUCACAACCACACUGGCAGAAGUCCGAAGAAAUGUGGACAAUUACCAUGGUGAGUGGUUUGAAGUGGUGAAGUCCGUAUGUGAGGCAGUGCACGUUACGCCAUCACUUCCUAGGCUGUGUGGUCGCCAGACCCAACGGAACAACGUUCAGGCCGAUACGCCCGUCCAGUACUACCGACGUGCCCUGACAGUGCCCAUUCUGGACCACAUGGUGUCGGAGAUAGAGGCCAGGUUCACGCCGCACCACUCGACCGCACUCCAGGGCUUCUGUGCCAUCCCAGCACUGCUGCUAAAGAUGUCCAUGGACGCUGCGAAGUCCCAAGUACAGGAGCUGGUGAAGCUGUAUGACGACGACUUUGUGUCUGGCCGUAGUAUGGAGGCUGAGCUCCACUGCUGGCGCGUGAAGUGGGUGAAGGCAAAGGCAGAGCACGGUGAAGCUAGCUUGCCGACCUCGGUAUCAGCAGCGCUACCCCACGCUUCCCAGAUGUUCCCGAACAUCCGCUGCCUUCUGCAACUUCUUGCAACCUUGCCAGUGACGUCUUGCUCGUCCGAACGGUCCUUCAGCGCCCUGAAACUGGUCAAGGACCGGCAGAGAUCAGUGAUGAAGAACUCCCGGCUGUCUGGCCUCACCUUGCUGCAGGUUCAUCAUGACAUUCCAGUUGACGUGGGUGCGGUCAUCGAUGAGUUUGCUCGCCGCCAUCCACGACGAAUGCAGCUGGUGAAUGUAUUGCACAGUGAAUGA